AUGACGGAAGCGGAGAUGUUGAAAAGUGAGCCGCACGAAGAUGUGCGUCCUCGUUCCUUCCGGGAUAUCUUCUCCGAAAAGUAUUGCAAGGCCAAAGUUGACUGUGAAGUCACCGAAUGGUCGACGCGCAUCCCGCCUUUGCAGGCAAAACCGACGUCGCCCGACGGGGCAGCGCGCCAAGAAACACCGGCGGGAGACUCCCAGCAGAUGGCCGGUGGAGGACCGAUAAGCACCGAGCUCGUGAAUUCGGCGUUCACGCGCGUCCUUCCCGCGUUUAUCCGCGAUAACCCGGAACAGUACGAGAAGGCUUGCACGAUCGAGCGCAGCACUGUGCUCAGCAACAAGCUGGGGACUUACCUGAUUUUGACGGACCAAGCGCCCGAAUACAAAAAUGAACCGCGGCGAGCUCUAUACAAAAAUGAACCGCUUACCUUUGCAAAUUGCAAGAAGCGGUGCGAACAGGAUCUGUUGCACUGCGACGCCUACACGUAUUGGUCGGUGCCGGUCGGGCACGCGCUGGACUCGGGGGAAGAAAUCACAGUCGGAUCCGCAAGAAUCCGCGACAAACUCGACCACCGCCAGGAAUGUCGGCUCUUUUCGAAGUUGAAAAUGGUCCAGGAAAUGAACGCGGAGGAAAAUGUUACCACUGGCCCCAACAACUACUUUUCCCUCUCCCCGAUCCCGCUCACGGAUAGUAACGCGCUCGACGGCACAUUUCCCGUCUUUUACCGCCGGAAUCACCGCCGGUUUACGAGCGGACACUGUGCGAUCGUGGAUAAAACGAGGCUUUUUUUCGAGUUCGAACCGUAUCGCAAAAACGGCGGAGCCACUGCCGAGAUUCUUGACGACCCCGAGAGAUCGAAAAGAUUCUCAGAAGGCAGGUUGGAGAUGAACAAGCAGGCCCAGCUGCUUCGCUGGACGCCGUUCUUGCAUAACGAGUACAACGUGCUGGCGAGCGGCGACGUGGAGCCGGCGCAGCAACGGUUUCUCUCCACCUCCGCGUCCACGGAUGAAACGGGGGAAAGGAUGAUCUUCCGGAAGCGCUGCUCGGUAGAGGAAAUGACCGACUUUCCGACAUUUUAUCCUUCUUGGGGAUACACCUUUGGACAUGAUGAUCUCGGUGCGCCGCAGCUCGUGGCUGGCGUAACAGAGGAGCUGUCUCCCGAGGCUUUACUCGAGCGGUUGCGGGAUGAAAACGAUAAGACUCUGACGCUCCCCCGAACAGAAGAUGCACGAAUGCGCAAGGAGCUCGCGAACACAGUUUUCAAAAACAUCUUGCUGGUCCAGGAUCUUCCAGAGGACGAUCCUGCUAAAGGUGAAACGUUUACUGGGGAUCGCUUUGCUUUCCUGGAUCGGAACAAGGCCUCGCGAGGGUGCCGGAUUAUGUGCGAGCUCGUGAAAAGGUGUAGCGUGUAUGUGCAUACAAUAGGCCCGAUAGGGGUAUGCGUAUUGAAGCCUGUUGGAUCCGCGGUCACCCCAAACUGGUUUCCUGAGUGGAUGGACCUUAGGGAUGCCUCGGACACCGAGAUCUGGAAGACGUCGAGGGUAGUUCUGGAAGACGUCGAACGAUACCACACUUUCACGGCUCAGAACAAAGCCAAUCCUGGAAAAUCCAUACCCUGGAAGGAGAUGCACAAGAAAAUCUGCUACGAGAAACUGGCACCCUGCUGUGACAUGAGGUCGUCCGACUCCGAGUGUAAAACAGCGCGCGACACCUCUUCCGGCGAAAAACUGUGUACCUUCCUGUGGGACGGAAGCGGAUCCACGUGCGACUGGGGGGAAGGAGCCUCGCGCACGUCCGGCCGAUGCGUCAUGAACCCGGAGAGCGAGGAGUUGUUCUUCAACGACCGGAACAUGUACGAAAGGGAAUUUGAAGCUUUCAAAUCGCUGAACGCCCACCUGUUUAAACCGAAGCCGGCCGAGGUGGAACUCAGCAAGGAAGUGGUCCACGAGCAGUGCAGCGCGAAGUGCAGACCCGGGGGGCAGGUGAAGCAGCGUCGGCGGAUCCUCACCGCGGCGAAAAACGGUGGCAAGGCGUGUCCCACCAUUCUGGAGCGGAUGGUCAGUUGCAACUCGCAUCGGCCCUGCAAAAAUGGAAGAGCUUCGGAGGUUGGGGACACGACAGUAGAGAACGACCAGCCCCCCUCCGAAAAGGACCAGCCGACCGCACCGCUGCCGCCGGCGGCCGGGCACGGGCUUUACCGGCAAUCCGCGGUCUUCGGCGAGACGGAAGCGCUUCUAAAUUACGGGACGCAAAUGAUGGUGAAACUUCGAAAGCUCAGUAGCGACACUGGAACCACGCAGCAUUUCAGCGAGGAAAGGUUUGGGAAGAAGGACAUCGUUACGGUCGAGAUAUUCUCCGCUGGAGCGGAUCCAGAUAGUGUGUCUCGACCGGAGCCGGGAACAACCACGACGAGUUCCUUUCUAUCCGAAGGAGAGGGAAGUGAGACCGAAAAAAGUACUGCUACAACCAAAAACCCGUUUUAUUUCCCCGUUCCACCUCCGACAAAAAACGUGGACGUAGCAAGUUUUUUGACCUUUGACAUUUUUGAAAACGUCGACCCCGACGAGGACAAUAUCCUGUGCAAAAGUAGUACAACUAGCGGAGUGGUGCUUGUAAUUGCAUUUGCAGCUAUGCGCGAAAGACCCCUCUACUAUGCCUGAUCUAGCGUCUCAGCCUGCGUUUUUCACACUGAGGGAAUUCGUGAUCUGCAAUUUAAUGCUACGAGUGCCUUGCCAUGUUACUUUUGCACUCCAUAGAGGAGGCGGAGCAUCAACUUGUACCGGUCGACGUGAGGAAAGUCGAUCGUUUACCGCUGCAGCCAAGAUUCGACAUCCAGAUUGUGCUGCCGGAGGGAAUGACAUGCAAGGUAAGCAAAGCAGCCGCGGAAAGUGCGGGGCAAGCAGCUUCCUCGUUCGUAGAAGAUCGGCGGAACAAUCCCGACGGCCAAAGUACCCCUCAUGUUGUUCACAACGGCGAAGAGGACACGGAGAGGGAUCACAUUCCUAACACUGACCGCCGUGGAAGCAUGACGUUGGAAAUGAAUAGCAGUGAGCGAGAAACAGUGUACAGUCAUCCCAUUUUCCGUACGUACGCGGGUCUGAAGGGGAUCUCGAGGAGAAGUCCUGCUUUGCGCGGAAGCAGCGCUGGUCGUCAAGCGGAUCAGCGCGACGGAAUGAAGACAGACAGGCUAAAUCCGGAGGAGAAAACGCAGCCUCUGAAAGGAAGUCGUAAAGACUACCUACAGCAGCGAAACGUGGCACAACUGCUGGGCUUGGUUUAACUUUAAAGGAGAGGUUCAGGUUGCCGAAAAAAGAACAUUUAACAUUUUGAUUUUCAUAAUUUGAUUUCCGGCUUUGGCUUUCUUUUCAACGUAGAAGAUGUAGAUCGAUCUUGUAGCCUAUCUAAGUUUCAGUUUUUGUUUCUGUUUCUGUUUGUGUUUCCGAGAGAUUGACAACUAGUAUGCCUACAGAGAAAAACCAAAACGAUAACGAAACCGAAACCGUCACAGGAUGCAUGCUUGUGACGAAAAGUUCAAACUUCUUACCCGCGUCGAAUUGUGCUUCACUUACUAGCUGGUGAAACUGAAAACGACACAAACGCAACACCAAAGUCAACGUUGGAUUUUUGGUAGAU